AUGGAGUUUCGGAAUCUGAAGACGUUGGCUGGGGUGUCUGCUGGAUCAGUCGUGGCAGCCAUGCUAGCAGUCGGUUGCAACGCGGAUGAGAUCUUUAAUCUGGUCCAGAAGCUGCCCUUCCACAAGAUCGCUCACCCAGAGCUGGGCUCGUUGCUUCGCAUUCUGGGGAACAUCGUGCAGAGCAUUCUAAAGGCCACGGUGGGCGUGCAUGCGGCAGAGGUGGUCGAUUGCCUAGUUGCAGAUGUCACCGGUCCUGGAAUCAACAGCGGGGGCCGUCUGGAGGAGAUGGUUGGCAACGCUCUGAAAGAGCAGUGCGGUGAUGCUGCCAUUACCCUCAAGGCUGUGCAGGACAGAUUUGGCAAGCGCUUGGUAAUCCUCGCAUGUGAGCUGGACUCCGGGCAUGAGAAGAGGUUCACACCAGAAACAGAUCCCGACUUGCCGCUACGCGCAGCCGUGCGGAUGUCCAUGGGAGUGCCUGGUCUCAUGGAGCCUUUCAGAUACCAAGGACACAUGUACUGUGACGGCGGCAUGUGCAAUGACUUCCCGGUGGACGCCCUGCCGCAAGAAGCCACGCGCAUGGGACUGAUGGUACGGCCGAUCGAUUGGAUCCGUCAUCAUCUUCCAGAUUUGGGGAGCAUCAUUCCCGUGGAGAAGCUAAAGAACCAUCCAGAAGUUAUGGCCCACUUGGAUAUGCAGAAGAACAAAAGCCCAUCGCUGUUUUCUGUGAAGUCCAUCUUGGACCUGGCUUUAACCUCAGUGAACAUCAUGAUGGACGCCAACCUCGUCCUACAAAUUGAGGCUGCCACAGCCAAAAAAGGCUUCCGACAGAGCUCUGGCAUCUCAGGCCUUGCGCCUGAGAUCCUCACGCUGUGCGGAGGCAAAUACGACCCGUUUGACUUCAACCUGACCAAAGACCAGCAUCGCGAGCUCUUUCUGGCUGGCCAGCUCAGUACGCACCUACAUGCAUCUGUGGUGGAUGCGACCUCCGAGGUGUUGCCUGAUGAGGGCAAGCUGAAGACCGUGCUAUAUACGUUCCUGGUGGAUAUGUCCACACUCAGCAGCUUCCGCCCAAAGUGGCAUCCGGCCAUUCGAGCUUUUGAAGCCACGUUGACGCGGGGCCGCUGGAAGCAGGACUGGGGAGAGGCACCCUGGGAGCGCGGCUCUGAGUUGGCUGCGCCCUCCCGGCGCCGUCUUGGCUACAGCGCUGAAAGCCGAGAACGCCACGGAGGCAACUUUGGGUCUCCACACUUUCUGGAGCUCUAUGCGCUUCCUUUGAAGGCUUGCACGGGGACAGCUGGCCACUGCAAAGCCGAAACAGGCAUGGAUCCUACUCUUUCAAGCGCUGCGGUCACUGCUGCAGCGGAGGGCCGGGAGGGCACGCCAGCUGCUGACAGGAUGGCAUUGCAUGCAGAGCAGAAGCCUCUGGAUGGUACCAUCAUCGUCCCAGUGAACCGAAAGUGUUCGAUCCACCGGGAUGAUGGUUUUUCUCACGGCCGACACAGAGGCCUGGCCGCGCUGUUGGCCUCACUGGUGCUGCCAGCCGCAGAGGCUCCGCUGGUGUCCCUGUCUCUUGUCACCACCCGUGAUGAGUUGGCAGAAGCGCGGAAGCAGCCAGCACCGGGUGGUGGCCAGGUUUCUGUAUUUCCGACGAAGCUGCUGAGUCAAGUUGAGCGUAUGGACCUGCUUUUCAGCAGUUUCCAGGGGGAAAGCAGAGCCACAAGCAAAGGUCUACGUGUCAUGCGGGACAUGCUCUCUCAGGAAGGCCGCAGCGAGCGGACGCAUGGUCGCUACCUCCUACGUUUGAGCAACCACGGACAGGGCCGGCACAUUCGGUUCCUGGACCAGCUUCCCUUCUUCAUCAGGCCUUUGUGGCAUACCAUCCGAGCAGUUUGGCGAAGUGACUCCGGUGAGGUCGUGGAACUGUCCGGAGCAGAUGCAUUGCGACGCCUGGCAUUGACGUUCACGGCGUCGGACGGCAUUCGCUCACCGACCGACCUGUCCCUGACAUUGGACUUGGCACCACAUAGCUCUGUCAGCGUCUUCCUGGACGUCCUGAAGAACUUCAUCCCCUUCCGCGAGUUCUCCUAUGCCUGCGAGAAGGGCUUUGAUGUUGGCGGUGCCGUUUGGCUGGAUGCUGAUCUAGACGUCGCUGGGACAGGCACGGAUUUCUCUUGCUCGUGGGAACUUGUGGACUGCUGA